AUGCAAUCCCACCUCGUCUGGGCACUUCUCUGUGCCUUUACCCCGGCGCUUGCCCAGGACACACCCACUGCAGUGUGGCCCUUGUGGAACCCUACACCAGCCACAUCCGAUGUCUUCAAUAUGCUAGCCAUCGCGACUCCGACGAACGAGGUAAUAGCACCAUACAUCCAAGCUUCCGUCGUAGCCUACACUACUGGUCAGGAUCGUGUAACCUACUCCAUCGAGUGUAAUGGACCCAACCCCACACAGCAGCCUGGUUGCGAUCUCCUCCACAAGGCGGCCGUGACCGUUGGACCAAACACCAUGAUGAUCCUGAUCGGUCGCGUGGACUAUGUUACCGACGUGAACUCGGGUUCAACCACGGAAAGCGCACAGACUAUAAUCGGCACGGCCGACUGUGAGCUCCUCCCGGCGCAGACAUCGGCAAACUGCAGGUGGACAACGACCGACAUCCGGACGGCCUUGUUGAUCCGAACAUCCGUCACGGCCACUGUCACCGUCUCCUCCACAGCCAUGACCGUGUCCAGGUCUUCUUCGACAAGCUUCGCCAGUGCCGCCCAGCAUACCGUGCCAGUCAAGGUCAUUGGCGGCCUCGAGAAGGUGCCUCCGCACCUGCGGCCUGGUGCUACCGUUACUAGUACCUCGUCGUCGACCGGUGCGGCUCCGAGGCCUACGCAGCAGGCUGUGCUGGCUGGGGUUGCAGCUGUUGUUGGAGGGAUGGCACUGGUGUAA